AUGUCCUCCCCAUCACAUGAAUUCUCCCAGGCUUUUAAGGUCCUGGCACUAGGUGAGAAGCUUAAUAUCCCAGCAUUAUUACAGAAUCACAGAACUGUAAGUUGGAAGGGACCCUGAGGGUCAUCUAGCCCAACCCGCCGCAAUGCAUGAAUCCUGCCCACAGCUGUCUCUGGAGGGACUUGAACCACUAACCUUCAGCUUAACAUCCAGGCACACGGACCCAUCACACAACCUGAGGGUCUGUUCCCUUCCUGAUAAUACCAGAAACUAUCCAAGGAAGCUGAACGGUGGAAGGAUUGGUACAGAUGAAAAAGGGGGUUAUUUCUUUAGACAGAGUGUAGCUAUAAUAUGAAAUUUGCUCCUGCAAGAGGUUUGGUGUGAAGGUUUUAAAAGGGGCUUAGACAAACUGACGGAGGAUAAGGCUUUCUGUGGUAUCACUUUUUGGUCACUUGCAGGAUCAGAGGCAGUGGCAGCAUUUGGUGGAAUAUAUACUUGAUGGAAGGAGAGAAGUGGAACAAGGAUAGCAAAUGCAGUUGAAUGUACUUAUAUUAGACUUCAUCUGGGGAGGAUGACGACUACAGGGUUAAGCCAAAGGCGCGAUAUAUAUAUAUAUUACAAGGAAUAUACUCUCAGUGUGUCCAGUUGUGCUUGCCUACACAAGAGGGCAAGUUAGUGAAAUGAAAAUAAUCAAAGAGCAAGGCUGAUCAGGGCAGAAAUCAGUCCUGGGGCCUAGCUUCCAGAAAUGUGCCUGAGCAUGCUCAGAACAGGUGUAUAGCAUCACUACCCACAGUGCCAUGUCAUCUGCCUGGAUUUACCUCAUGACAACUGGAGGAAGUGAGAACCUGCACAGCCAGGGCUGGCUGCUGAAGUCCCAGUAAUAAAAAGCGUAGCCUCUCCCCCCUUUUUUUUCUUUUUAAGCUUUGCACGUACAGUGGUGCCUCGCAAGACGAAAUUAAUCCGUUCCACGAGUAUCUUCGUCUAGCAGUUUCUUCGUCUUGCGAAGCAACCCUAUUAGCGGCUUAGCGGAUUAGCGCUAUUAGCGGUUUAGCGGCUAUUAAAGGCUUAGCGGCUUAGCGGCUUAGCUGCUAAAAGGCUAUUAAAGGCUUAGCAGCUUAGAAAAAGGGGGGGGAGCGAAAAAAAAUCUCAAGACUCGCAAGACAUUUUCGUCUUGCGGAGCAAGCCCAUCGGGAAAUUCGUCCUGUGAAGCGCAUUGAAAAACGGAAAACCCUUUCGUCUAGCGGGUUUUCCGUCUUGCGAGGCAUUCGUCUUGUGGGGCACCACUGUAUCAUGAAGUCUGCAAGAGACAUUGUUGGUGUGAUGGCCUGGGACUCAGGCUCGGACUCGGAACUAGAGGAGUCUCAGUCUGCACCGGAUCCUCUGCCUCAGGGGGCAUCUGAACUGAGUCUGGGGCUUGAUUCUGAAGAACCCCAGUCUGCACAGGUUCCCCUACAACAAGCACCAGCUGGGCCAAGUCAGGGGCCUGAGCCUGCCCUGGCUCCAGAUGCAGGGAUUACCUCGUUGCCUUCAGCUGGGCCAUCACUUACAGCUGCUCCACUACCGGUUGGGUCAGGGGAGGCUGAGGCGGCCUCUGGGUCUAGUAACCCACCGACGUCUCCUGAGCUGCAGAGACUGAGAUCUGAGAGAAGGAGAGACCUGAGUACUCGCAGGAGGAGUGCUCGCCUUUGAGCAAGACAGGGAGGUGAGUCACCAGGGGACCAGGACCGGCCAUUACCCUAACAGAGAUAAAAGGCUGUCGGACCCCACCCCAGGUUUCAGGAGCAACAUUGCCGCUUCCUACCUGAGACCCUGUGCCUGACCCAGCCUGGUUUCCUGCCUUGUGACUUGCCUUGGCCCUGUUGGACUUACUCCUCACGGAAUCCUUGGAUUCGGGACCGGACCUGGACCGGUUGCUCAGGGUUACCCCCGGGCCCAGCACAGUUGGCAUGGCAGGCCAGGUGUCGAAGAAGCCCCAUAUCUGUGUAGAGACAGAUAACACCUGCCUGGCUGGACAGCCGCAAGGAAGCUCGCUAAUCCUCCUCCUCCAGUAUCAGGCGUUCUUUGCCUUGCCACUGCCCCUCUCUAAAUACCCCUCUGUUUCUGGCACAGGAAGCUUUCUACCAACUCAAGACCAUUGAGCCCACCUGUCUACACUGACUGGCAAGGAUUAUCCAGGAUUUUAGGCAGGGUUCUCUCCCAGCCAUACCUGGAGAUGCUAAGGAUUGAACCUGGGACCUUCUGCAUGCAAAGCAGAUGUUCUACCACUGAGCUACGACCCUUCUUCAAGUGGCAGGGCCACUUCCAUUGGGAAAGGAUGGAAGGAACAAGGCACGAAAAGGAAAGCACCACUGCCCUCUUCCCCACCCCCUGUUCCUCUUUCAAACUAAGGGAGUCUUCUGAAGGGCAGUCCAAAUGCCUGCUUACAUGAAAUAUGCAAUUAUUUUUUAGCUCUCCCAAUAAAACGUUCAUGCCACUCUGGCCUCGUUCGUGGAUGGUUACUUUUAAUAGCAAGUACAACGGGCCAUCUGUGAUUUGCUGGCAGUAAGAGAUUAUAAUGGCCAAUAGCCACAUGGAACACUUUAUGGAACAUGGCUUAGAAUACGGUAGACGGGGAAAUGUUGUGACUCAGAGAUCUCUUACUGGCACUUAGCAAUAAGCGCUCAGAACUACCUCUUCCUCAUAAGUGAGUGAAAACAGAAGUGGCCAGGAGCACCUCAGGUGUAAAGGGGCCAAGAAAGAACCUAGCGUGGGGUGGGUUUUUUAUAACUCUUGUCAUAAAGGCAUUUGACAUAAAGAUAUUCAUGACAUCAGAGGGUUGAGAGGCGCUCAUCACAAUGCUCUCUGCUAGGCGUCAUCUGUGCAGAUGGGUCAUCCCUGCUUGCCCUAGCGCCAGCCCUGCAGAGCAGGCCACCAAUAAUGUGGCCUUUGCUUUGUUGCUACUGCCACAACUCACAACCAGGCCAGGCCAAGGCAAGGUGAGUGAGUUUCCCUGUUAAUGUGGAAGGAGAAAGACCACGGUCGUAAUUUCAUGAUUUCUAGAAUUCUUGGGGGGAAACAUAUCAGGUUUGUAACAGGUUACAGUUGUCAAGUGCACUACGACCCACACAGCUAGGAAAAUAGGAAGGUGCCUUUUCGGGAGGGGAAGAUGGCUGCCGAAUGCUUGAAGCAGAGUUUUGAGCUCUAAGGCCAACUCUAAGGCAAGUUUCUGCUCUAUAACCAACCCUUAGCAUUUGUUUUUAUCCUCUCUUCCAUUUUAUUUCUUAACUCCUUUUAGUGCUUCGUUUUGUUGUUUUAAUUUAUUGUUUUAACUCCUUGUUUUAUUGUUCUAACUCCCCUAAACUGUGAGGCUGCAUGAAGUUGGGCUGGGCUGAGCACUUUGCUAGGCAGUGCGAAACGCAAGGUCGAGCCAAAGUUUACAAGAUACUAGUUAUAAAUUAAGGAAGAGAAGCAUCUUGAUUAUCAGAACCGUUGACGAGCGAGCCCAGGUGGCAGCUGCAGAGAGUCUCCAAAACGCUCCCUUUUCUUUCAUCCUGUCCCCACCCCUGCUGGGGUGAGAGGAAAUCACAAUACUGGUUUGGGGGGUGAUUUUCCUAUAUGUCCACCUCCCCUUGCAGGAGUCUCUCUCUUAUAUACAACUCUUGAAGGAGCCCUUUUUCUCAUCUGGCCAUCUCCCUCCACUUCCUUUGCUACCCCCUUUCCCAGGCAAUGACCAUGAGCAACUUCAGGUCCCUGUGGAUCAUUUUCCCUUCCAUGGACUGAGACUACUAGUCCUAGAAUCGCAGGCAGGAGACAGGGGCUCUGGGCAUAAUAUCCACUGGGAAGAAGCCCUUCAAAGCCCUCUGCCUGACUGUCUGGCCACUGGGGGCUUGGUGUCUAGGGGUGUUGCAAAGAGAUGCUAAGGAAAAAUUCUGCCUGGAAUAGGGUUUCGUUUUGUUUUCUCCUUUGGCCGGAGUCUGAAGUCACCUAAUCUUGGGAAGAUGCUGCGUGCCAUUAAUCUGAUCCUGUCUUGAGUAUCCUGUCUUUCAGGGCAGUAAUUAAGUUGCACAUCUUGGCUUGUGAAGCUAUCAGCGAGGCAGCUGCACUAGCCAAGUUAGAAGUACAUUUUCCUUUCACUGAUCUCUUUUCUAAAUCGCCUGCUUUUGUUGAUGCCUUUGGCUCUCUGCGUUUUAUCAAUAAAAAAAGGGGGGGGCUUAUUUUGGUUAAAUGCUCGGUAAUAACCACAUGCCCAGACUUUCAGGUGACGCCAUUGGUAUGGAGAGGAAUGCCUACCAGGGCAGUUUGGGGAGGGUCUCGCACACCUGCCCCUAAAACAGGGCUGGGGAAACCUGUGGCACUCCAGAUUAGGAAUGCAGUUCCAGGUAGGGUUGGGAGAGAUCCCUGACUGAAGCCCUGACAAUCAGUAUUGGCAGUACUGAUCUACAUGGAGCAAUGGUCUGACUCAGGAUAAGGCCACCUCCUAUGUUCCCCUUGUACCUCUCUCAGCAGAAGUCAUCCAACAGGGUGGAUAAGGCCAGUGAACUGGGCCAGUGUGGAGUAAAGGUUAUAAAUAAAUAAAUACAUCAAGAGAGGCGAGAGGCAUCCAUUACCUGCCAGUUAUUCUCUUCCCAGAUCCCAGUUGGGUUCUCUAGAUAGGAGGGAGCUUAUCCCCAGGAUAAUGCCAACUCCUGACAACUUGCCCUAAAAUGUGAAUAUGACAUUCUUUAAUUGCACAAAUAAGGAGAAACAGGGCAGUGGGUGACCAGGGUCAGGGAUGAGAAAAUAAUGACUGUUUGAACGUAUGUAUCAUAUGAUGUGCAGUGUAAUAAGAGACGUGCUUACUCAGAAAUAGGUCCUAUUGGGUAAGUCUCCCUAGAGUGGCAAUGUAAUUCACAGGAUUUCAGGACUAGGAAGUGGCUCCUUAAAGUUCAUCUUGGGGUUUAAAGGUAAUACAAUUCCAUUCAGCAACACUCCUUAAGCAUGGCAAGAGAGAGAGAGAGAUAAACCUUUAUUCACAUUAGCCAAUGGCCAUAGCAACAGUAAAACAUUACAGUAAUGGUUAGAGUGCUGACCUGGGAGAACAAGGUUCGGAUUGUGGGAAUCUUGCUUCCUAAAUACUAUGCAAAAUGUUAAUGUUGUAGUAUAGAAUUCUGUGAUGUCAUAUGCCUGAGGGUGGUCCCCCCCCCCGUUAGUUCAGUUAUCGACUGUUCAGCCGCUCUGCAAAUAUUAGUCAGUCUCGGAUGCAAAACCAUGUAAAUAUGUUUUAGUAACAUAAGUAUUUCCUGCCUGUCUUGUACAUUCAAUCUGACAAGAACACCAAGUAAAAGUCAUGCGUUAUUUUUAAACUUUAAAACAAAAGUGUGUUGCAUAGUGUGUAUUGUUUUCACAGGAGGGGAAAAGGCAUAGCUGUCAACCGUCCCUUAUUUGGCGGGAAAGUCCCUUAUCCCAGCGCUGUGUCCCGCUGCUGUCCCUUAUUGAUGAUGUCCCUUAAAUUUCCUGGGUUUCAAAGGAAGCAGCUCCUCUCCCUCCCUCCCUGCCGGCCAGGGAGGAGGGAGGCUCCAACUGUGUUGCUUGGCUGUGUUGCUCACCCAAUAAGAAGUCUAAGAAUGACUGGGGGGGUGGAGCUUGCAUGCCUUGUGCUGAUCAAAUCGGCCACGUUGCCUGGGGACUCGCCUUUGCUCAGCGCUUCCCAGCGGAGAGGUGACGGUGGUUUUCCUUGCUGCAUCCCCUUUGCCGGGUUGCUGCGCUGUGGGAACCACCGCUUGACGCUUCAUUUGGCUGCUGGCUGGGCUUUCUGCCUUUGGCUUGGAGGGGCUCAGAAGUUGAACAUACCUGUGUUGGAAAAUCCCUUAUUUUGGCUGCUGAUCCCUUAUUUUCGAGGCUGCUGGUCCCUUAUUUUCAAAUCUGUAAGUUGACAGCCACACAGAUCCCGCCCAUGUUCCUGAAGCUCACCUUGGGCCAGUCCUUGCCUCACACAGGAUCAAAUGGGGGCGGGAGAACCACCUUGAGCUCCUUGGGGGAAAAGGUGGCAUAUAAACAUAAGAAAUUAAUUAAUGGAUUGAUUAAUAAGGCUCCUUCGGUACUGAAAUAACUGCGCUAGAACACUAAUGAAAACAAAACUCCAUCAUGGAAGGUCAAAUUCAAACGAAUGCUGGGCAAAAUCCAGGACAGGCCUUGCUUAAUUUUUGUCAGAGGGAGGAGAGGUUUACAAGGCAAUUGGUACCCCCCCCCCCCGGUUUGAUAUGAACUCAGAGCCUGACGUGAAGCUACAGUUCUAGGGGGAAAUGAAGUGGGAAAACUACCUUUCUUUUUCUUGAAAAUAUCUGUGGUAUACCAUUGAUUUCCGUUCUCUAGGCCUGAAGGUUUCGGUGGGUUUUUAAAAAGUGUUUUUAAUAGGCAACGUUAGGAGCAAUUUGAAAUGAAAGCUUUAAAAAAACCUCUCAGGGGUAUUAACUAUUCUCAGAGCAAUCAAUUCUCACCAGGAAAAGAAAGAAAGCUAUACAAUCUUUUCCAUUUCUUUUUUAAAAAAAACUGAAGUAAAUGCACAGAAAUUCCUCAGAGCUACAUAUUCUCUGCAUCAUUUUGAAAUUUUAAAAGGCAGCAGGAGAUCAGCGUACAUAAAGGGCACAAUAAUAAUGAUAUUUUUCUGAAAUUCUCCAUAAGUCGUGACAGCUAAAUAGUCAAGUAAUGGCCAAAGUUUUGGCAUGGGGAGAAGAAAGUGUGUUUGUGCACACCUUGGGACCUCAGAAGAGGGAAUGGGAAUAGGGACUGGAACAGGGGUGUCUGAACACCCACACAUACCAAUUGACAAAAAAGAUAGUAAUCAAGCAUGAUUCAUGAAGGCCAUAUUCAUGUCAUACAUUUAAAGCACUAUGAAACCAUCUUAAACAAUCAUGGCUCCCCCCAAAGAAUUCUGGGAGCUGUAGGCUGUUAAAGGUGGCAAGAGCUGUUAGGAGACCCCUAUUCUCCUACAAGAGCAGCUAUUUCUGAACUGGUUUCCCAAUCUGUUCCUCUUUCCAGGGAAUUUUGGAAACCGUAGCUCUGUAUGCUAUUCUAGGCUGCAUCAACAGAAGUAUAGUGCCCAGAUUAAGGAAGUAAUAGUACCAGUCUAUUCUGCUGUGGUCAGAGCUCCCCUGAAGUUCUGGGUCCAGUUUUGGGCACCAAAAUUUAAGAAGAAUGUUGACAAGGUGAAACAUGAGCAGCGGAGGGCAACCAAGAUGAUCAAGGGUCUGGAAACCAAGCCUCAUGAGCAACGGUUGAGGGAGUUGGGUUUGUUUAGCCUGGAAAAGAGAAGACUGAGAAGGAGAUAUGAUAGCCAUCUUCAAAGAUGGGUUUUCUCUUUGUUUUUAUAGAGACACAUUCAAUCACAUUAACUUCUAUCUGCAAUCUGAAUGAGGACCCACUGAGGCAGAGACUUAUCAUCUCCUCAGUGAACCAGUGAUGGCUGGUGCCUGUUGGGACUGGUAGGCAAGGAGGCCAACUGCAGGUGGCGCCAGAGCCAAUGACAGGUGGAGCCAACCAAUUCUACUUUGUCCCCAUCCUCUUCCUCCCUGCUGAGGUUUACAAGAACAACAAGGAGACUAAGGUGGGGGAAGCUGACUGGUUACCAGAUAGGCAGAUGAGGGGCUGGAUAAGGGCAGACCGAGCUUUAUCGAUGUUAUUUAUUAUUUUAAAUAUAUAUACUGCCAACUCAAGUCACACCCACACCAUACAUUUGUCCUUCCAGAAGAAGCAGUUCAUGGCUCUUCAUAACAUUCUUAUAUAGAAGCAGAAGAAAACUGUGUAAUUCAUGGGCUUGCCCCUGAACUGUGGAAGGGCCGAGACCCCAUGAUUUGCAGAACGCUUCAGACGUAGUCUUUCUUUUUUAAAAAACCCACAGGAUAUAACAAGAACAUUAUGCAUGGCAUAAUGUGGGCAGCGACCCCCAACGGAACUUACACAGACACUUUUAUUCUUUGGAACCAGUCGAACGAAAGGGGCAUAAUUAAACAUGCACCACACAGUUUGCCCUACACGUAGAUGCUGAGCUCCCCAGGUAACUAAUUAAAUGGAUUGUAAGAUUCCUCAACGUUUCUGGAGCCUCAGAGAAUGAAAGAAAAAGCCACAGGGGAGGCUUCUGGAUCUUGCUCUGCGUGCCUUGACCCCACUUUCUACUUCCUCCGCAGGUUAUUGUUCCCGGAGCUUUCGGUCUUCCGAUAUUGCUGUCCUUUUCUUCUGCGUUCAGAGUCUGCCGUUUACACAUAG